CGGUCUUCUCCUAACCACAUAAACGAAAGGGUCCUUCAUUUCGAUCAAUAUCCGCGGAACAAAGCACAACUCAAAACAAACGAACCCUAAAUCAACGAUGAUGAUGAGGCAAACUGCGAAGAAGGCUCUAGGGCUUACGUCACGCCAAUCAACGCCGUGGUCCGUCGGUAUCUUCCGUUCGUACCAUGAGAACGUCAUCGACCACUACGACAAUCCCCGCAACGUCGGAUCUUUCGACAAGAACGAUCCCACCGUCGGCACGGGUCUCGUCGGGGCUCCCGCCUGCGGUGAUGUCAUGAAGCUGCAAAUCAAGGUGGAUGAGAAGACCGGUCAGAUCGUCGAUGCUCGCUUCAAGACCUUCGGUUGUGGCUCCGCCAUCGCCUCUUCGUCUGUCGCCACUGAAUGGGUGAAAGGCAAAGCUAUGGAGGAGGUCCUGACCAUCAAGAACACUGAAAUCGCGAAGCAUCUCUCUCUGCCACCAGUGAAGCUCCACUGCAGUAUGUUGGCGGAGGACGCUAUCAAGGCAGCUGUGAAAGACUACAAGGAGAAGCGUGUGAAGACGAACGGUGCUUGAGAAACCCACACAGGCUUGAAUUCCUUCUCUUAAUUGUUUAUACCAUUAUGUGUGUUUAUAUGAUGGUGAAAACAGGGGAGGUGUAAAAGAGGACCUAUAUCGUAUGUUCCCUUAAGGUUCAAGUUUGAAUAAACUCUGUUUGACAAAAACAUGUGAGAAGAAUAUGAUUUGCUUUUUAUUUUUGCCCUUCA